AUCUUGGGAAUGGACUAUUGUAAGGCUGGGUACCUAUUUAGUAUACUUUACUGUGAUAAGUCCAGGGUAAACAAUAACUCACUACCUAGGUUUUGUUGCUUUUAUAUAGCCAAAUAAAUGAAUGGAUGAAGAGAAUCAUUAGACGAGAGUCGAUCUCUUUUUGCCACGUGAAAAAUAGCUCGUGGCCAUCCAUCGGUGAUACAGUAAGUGAAAUGAACUUGCCCAAUAACAAGCAUGUAGAAAGAUGACUUGUCAUAUGUGUGUAUAAAAUUAUGAAAUGCCUGCAUAAAUAUCAGCAUCCAAAUCCCACCUCCCACACCCUCCAUUUUCUCACUCCAUCCCAUCUCAUCCCAGCAUGACCCUCGCCCCCAAAACCUUCCCCCAAUUCUCCCUCCUCCCCCUCGAACUGCGUCUCAAAAUCUGGCAUCUAGCCCUCCCACCCCGCAUUAUCAUUCUCCCGCGCCUCUCCUACAAACCCCUCCGACCCAACCAUUCCCAACCCCCCACUCCCCGCAAUCCAUAUGAGAAACGAGAAUGGCUCGCCCGCAACCAACCAACCUAUCACGGUCUUCCCAUCUCCCCCCUUGAAUACGCGACUACUCGUUAUCACAUCCCUUCCAUCCUCACUACAAAUCGCGAUGCGUAUACUGCUAUCCGUCCUCUGUACCGACGGAUGUUUAACUGGAGAUCUUACGAGACGGAUUAUUGGGAUAAUGAAGGCCAAGUGUGGUUUAAUCCAGAAAUUGACAUUCUAGCUCUGGGGAUGCAACUGCCCGAUGUGUUGGGAUGGAGCUGCGUAUUUCGAUAUCGAGAAGAUUUAGCACGUGUGCGUUUCCUAGCCCUGUAUGAUAUCGUAGGAGAGAGAAGUGGGGAGUCUCGAAACAUCGACUCGCAGGAGGAAAUGGAAGAACUAAUGCGGGGACUACCCAGCACAGUUAUCCAACUGGCUUCUUUAUGUGUGAGGAUGGAAAAGUUCUAUUGGGUGGUAGAGGAAGAAGAAGAGGGAGGAGAGAGGACGUUUCGUGAAGAGCUGACUUUAAGACGCGGGGAGAUGUAUGUGCGGAGAAGUUUUGAUUUUCUACGAAUGCGUCGACCAGAAUCUGUUGCCCAUACUCAAGAUUCAACUGAGCCUCUGCAGCCAGAAAAGAUCCGCACGGUAUUGGAUUCAAAAGAGAAACGCGAGAAGUUGAGAGUGGAGCGAGAGAGAUGGCAAAGAACGAUAUGUUUGCGAUCUACCCGAGAGUUGAAGAUCGAAAGAGACAUGUAUAAAUUUCCAUCAACUGUACCAUUUAUAGUAGAUGACUACACCGAGGCCGCGCUAGAUCGGCAAGUUAAGAUCUUUCGCAAUAUGGUUGGUUAUCGAUAUGUCCCGUGGAGAUGGUGUCGUGUUAAUAGCAAUGUCCAACCCUGGGGGAGAUAUCCUCAUUACGAUGAUUGUACAUCAUAUAUCUCGGGAUGGAGUCCGCCUAAAGGUAUUUUCUUUUCUUUUCUUUACCAAUAGACAUCGUUGUCUAUCAAUGAUGAUCACAAGACUCGAGGAUUCAAGAUGGAAGUCUCUAGGAACCCCUACCAUUUAAUCCUCUUUACCUAGAUCAUCUUCCCACCACCCCUGAAAUAUUCGAAAAUUCCUAAAGGGGGGGAAAAAAAAAUAACAUGUAUCUAGCAAACACCUCAUGGCAAUACCAAUACACGAGUAUUUCCAGCUCUCGGACCAUCUUACCCUACUGCACAUGUACGCAAUGCUGGUCGACGCCCGAAAAGAAAGAUCUCUGGAUAUCCUGCAACUACGGUCGAACAAUCUGGUUUUCUCGAGCCACUCCGAUUCUAACAUGUUCAAGCUUGGCUUUGGAGAUUUCCUAUCUAUUCUCUUUGAUAUUUGGCUUUGUGUGGAUUUUGGUAUGGAUUGCAGUAUCAAAGAUAUAGAAGCAAGACGACGAUCCAAAAGUUCAAGAAUCUACUUUGUUUUUCUCAUUCUUUGCUUUUCA